AUGCAUUCAGAAUGUUCAAAUGCUGAUCUGUCUGCCCCGGAUAGUCAAAACUCAUUAAAAAGCGAUGAGCAUCCAUUACCGCAGCGGUUUAAUAAAGGGGACGCUAGUUCAGUAUCUACUACUUUAGAACCUUCUGAAGAUCUCAAAGGAUUAUCUAAAUUGAAAGAUAGACAACUGUGGGUGACUCGAAAUGAACGUAGAGGUGUAGUAGCUAAUUUAUCGUUGAUUCCAGAGUUCAAGGACUCGAGAGAUUAUCCAGAAAGCGUUAAAAAAUCCAUUGUCUUUGUUAUUGCAUUCUCAUCAAUGAUGGGACCUAUGGCGACUUCAAUAAUUUUCCCGUCGAUUCAUGAGAUAGAGAAGGAUUUUAGUACUACGUCUAUGGUGGUUAACGUCUCAGUGGGUGUCUAUCAGAUUAGUCUCGGAGUUUUUCCGCUGUGGUGGUCUUCCAUAUCAGAGAUGAAUGGCAGGAGAACCGUUUACGUGGUUUCGUUUAUGUUACUGUUGGGAUUUAACAUUGGGUGUGCGCUAUCGCCUAAUAUUGGUGCUUUCAUAGCUUUAAGGUUUUUAUCAGGUGCAGCAUCUGCAUCGGUACAAUCCGUGGGAGCGGGAACAGUUUCUGAUCUUUACGUAUCAGAACAAAGAGGCAGGAACCUGGGAAUAUAUUAUUUGGGGCCCUUAUUAGCUCCUUUAAUUUCACCAAUUAUCGGAGCUGCAUUGGUUUCUCACUGGUCUUGGAGAUCUACACAAUGGUUCUUGGUUAUUUUGGCGGGUGCUAACGUUUUGAUUUUAAUACUAUUCCUACCAGAAACGUUGAGAAAGCAAGACAAUAGUGCUGCGAUAUCUGCAGUGUUGCAAGAACGUAGAGGUCUUUUACCGUCACAACAACAUGAAAAAGUAUUAGAACUAAUUGAUGUGGAUCGACAUUCUGGGCGUGAAAUCGAGUCUUCUCCUGAGGGGCUUUUCUAUCCAGUUGAUCCAAGCACAAGCUUGCAUCGUAUAAUUUCUGAGAAUAGUAGCUCUCGUAACUAUGGUCUUUUGGAACCCAACAUUGAUAUGGAUGCUCCACAGGUAUCAAGAAUUCAAUCCCAUCAUCCAAACUUACAAAAAAUGAUGCGUGAGGAUGAUUUAAGAAGGGUUCAGCACGAUGUGAGGGAAGGCAUUUCUAAACUAGCUUCAAAAUUUACGGAGGCUACUUCAUCUGAUAUAUCUCCUUCACCUGAAAGCAAAUGGGACACAUUUAAGCGCCUAGCUUAUAUCUAUCUGUUUAGACCCAUCAAGUCUGUUUAUUUCCUAAAGUAUCCUCCGGUGAUGUUGGCCAUUAUCUUUUCAUCCGUUUCAUUCUCCAUUCUCUAUUUUGUAAAUAUGACUUUGGAAUACGAUUACUCGAGAUCACCUUACAAUUUUCCACCAAUGCUUGUAGGUCUCAUGUACAUACCGAAUUCAGUGACCUACAUACUAGCUGCUAUCCUUGGUGGUAAGUGGGUUGACUACUUAUUAAUUCAAUAUAAGGCAAAGCAUGGAAUUCUGGCACCAGAGGCACGUAUUUCUUGGAACAUCGUUACCGCCGUGAUCAGUUUCCCCAUCUCGUUAGUCAUUUUUGGAUGGUGUAUAGAUAAGGGAGAACAUUGGGAAACACCAUUGGUUGGUACUGCUCUAUUUGGUUAUGCUUCCAUGAUGACUAUUGGCGCCACGGUAUCGUAUCUGGUAGAUUCACUGCCCGGCAGAGGUGCUACGGGAGUUGCAUUAAACAAUUUGAUCAGACAGCUGCUAGCGGCUGUUGCAGUCUUUGUUACAGAACCUUUGAUCAAGGGUAUGGGAACAGGAUGGUUAUUUACGAUGCUGGCAUUUAUCAUUAUCGCUGCCGCAAGUGUCCUGGUGAUCAUAAAGAAACACGGCGAUUAUUGGAGGGAGAACUACGAUUUACAGAAAUUAUACAAUUAUUUAGAAUAA